AUGAAAAUACAAUCCCACAGGAUUGACCAGUGGGAAAACAAAAAAGCAAUUAAUUGCGGACAAAAUAAACAUAUUCCUCAUGUGCCGUUUAAAUCAUGCCUAGCCUUAUAUGAAGAACUCAUCAAAGCCGAGCGCCACUUAGAAGAAGAAGCAAUAGGUGAAGACAAACUGUUGUCGCAAGAGCCAGAAAUCGGGCAACUGACGCAGCAAAUUUAUGAGAACGCACCAACUCUUUUGGGCACUAUAUCGGUUUUAAAAUCUAUCCAGUUGGACACCGCGAAACUAUUCACAAGUUUGCUGAAGACUCUUCGACAGCCCACGACCGGUUUCGCUCUUCUUGGAACUCAUCAGGCGCACUCCCUGAGUUUUCGUCAACCUUAUGUUCUACUUGGACCCGAAACGAAACUUGUUCAACGUUUUUUUCUUUCCAAACUAAGCUCCGCGAUUUCCAGGAGGGGAAGCAAAACUCCCGUGUUCACUCUGGCAGUUGAGCGUCGCAGACGGAGACUGAAAAACCAGUGGGUAGAGGAACAACCACGCCCGUUUGCGCCACUGUACAUAAAUCUGGGUCGACCAGAUAUCAGCGCAGAAAUUAGCAAUGGUCUUUUGUCACAUGCACUUGACCAGAUUGAAUGUGGAAGUCAUCUGGAGUCAACUGAGGAUCCAAACGAGCCUGCUUCUGGACAAAACAGCACUUUCAUUGACAGUGAGAGUAGAAGUACCACUGAGGGGGUUACUGUGAAAGAAUUUUUCUUCCAAGACAUGCUGUUUGCCCAGUUGUGCUGUUUGCUCUGGUUGUUGGAACAAAUGCUCCGAGUUGAACGUGAAAAGGAAGUUGGUUCAACUUCCAUAUCAACAUCUUGGAAAUGGAAAAAAUCUGCCGAAGGUGAUUCACCUGCUGCGGAAAUUUUUCCAAGGGAUGUUGAGCGGGCCUGGCGCCAGUUCGUCCUUCAGCCUGAUCCACUCGCAAAACCAAGGAAGAGACUGGCUUCCCUUACAGGACUGAAAUGGGGAUCCAGGCCAUCUAGCCGAAACUCUAGUAUUUGGAGAGUCUCUUCGUCAAUGCGAUCUGCUCGAGACAGCGGCAGAACUAGUGCGUCAAACACAGACAGAGCACUAGCUAAUGUACGCAAACUGCUUAGUGCCUCAAGCCUGGGCGACAACCUGGUGUGUGAGAAACCUCGGAAGGCUUCCAGCAGUAGCCGAAUAACGCCGGAGUCGGUAGCACUGAGCACGAGUGAUGCGAAGUCCUCGUCUAACAAUCAGUUGCCGACCAACUUGCCUGGUCGAAAUGUUAAAUUCACGGAGAAUGUGGAACUGUUGGAUUUCGAUGAGCGGGAAGAAGAGGAACAACAUCCGCUUUCACAGCAGUACGUACUAAUAUGUCAGUUUGCCAAAUGCAUACUACAACCCCUGCACAAUUUCCCAACAGUAUUUUAUCAUUUUGCUACGCAAGCCUGUGGCAUCCCGAAGCUUGGUACUUCGUAA